AUGGAAGCGGAGGAUCAUUUGAUCUGGAUGAACCUACCAGAUGACGUAUUCGGGCUCUGGGAUUUUUCACGGCUUGAAGUCCUCAAAACCUCCAAUGAACGUCUCCUCGACAAGGCCAUGCAAGAUUCACGGCACUUGUCUAGGCUAAAAAUACCUGGCAUCAGCCUAAAAUACAUCAAAUCCAACAAAUUCCCGGCCUCAAUUCGUCACCUUCAUAUCUUCAAGAUGCACAUGACGGUUCUCCGUCUCUCCGAGAUCACACAGCUCGUCAGCCUAGAACUCACCGGUGAUUUGAUGCAAGGCGCUCCCAGGGACACCUUACUACAACUUCAAGAACUCUACCUGCACGGAUGUGCGCCGUUUUGGCCGAUUGACUGUCCGAAUCUAUUGCGACUUCGGCUCCACCCAAAGGUGACUAGCUACGUCGGUUAUGAACCGGCGGAAAUUAUCUCAUUACCAUUGCUACGCGAGUUGGAAUACAUCUCGUCCAGCCAACUCUCCUUGCUUCGUUUCUUUCAUGCGCCACAGCUUGUCACCUUGGAUAUUCAGGAGAAAGGAUAUAGGAAGCAAGAGACAUACGACGCAUUAAAUGAGAUAUGGCCACCAUCACCACUGAGUACAGGCGUCGAGCAGAGCAACUACGGCCUUGACCCUGUCAUUUUUAAACUCGGCAAUACUGCCAUCGACGGCGAGGCCUUGGCGCGUAUUCUCCAUCGCUUUAAACACGUGGAGAAGGUUCAUUUAGACAACACUAUAUUCUCUGGAGAGUUCUUUGAUGCUCUUCGCUCUACGAUGACUGAGGACAUGUCCUUCUCAUCGCUUAGCACGCUUCAGGUGUUGACUGUCGAAUAUACGACGGGAAUUCACGGGACUGUAGAGGUGGAUAGAAGGGGUCUUAUCACGAGUAUCAUACAAUUGGGCGCGCAACGAGGGAUCAAGGGAAGCCAUUCCAAAAGUGUACCAUCAACUUUGGAGAUGGCUGGAAGAACUGGGAUGAAUUAA